UACAUGUCCACUACCUUUGCGGCGACACCUGUGAUUGAUUGAUCAUUAUAAUUUGUAAUUUAAAGAUGAAAUAUAUGAGUUUAAUUUUGUUGACGACAUUAAUAGGCGUUUCAACUACAUCCUUGGUGGAAGAUUUUGCGGGUAUAAGGAACAGCUUGCUCGAGCAGCAGGUUCUAGAAUUACUGGAAACAUUUAGGGAGACAAUGUUAACCGGCUCUAGUGACAUUCCGAUAUUAGACCCACUGCAAGUAGAAAAUUUACACAUAGAUGAAAAUUUAAUUGACUUGCCAGGGGCACACUUAACGGUUAAGGAUUUUGUACUGCAUUACCUUAGUACUUUUGUCGUGGAUCAUUUAAGAAUUUCAAUAAGCGGUCUAAUUCCAUUGCGAUAUUCAGUGCAGUUUGAAGGACACAUUCCGAUUAUAAUCGCCGACAUUGAUGAGUACGAUCUUUAUAUUACAGCGAUGGAUUAUGAAAUAUUUGGUAAAGGAGACGGCAAAGUCGAGGUGAUUGAACCGAAAGUUUCGGGUUCCUUUACGAUUGCAGUUUUGAGCACGACGAUAACAGAUAUGGUCGUUGACUUUGGCUUAAGCAAGUUUGAGCCUCAACUGACUGGACUAUUCCACCACGAAGGCGCUAACAACUUCGCUAACGCUUUUCUCGCCAACUUGGUUCCGGAAAUUAUUGUCUUCUACAAAGAUGAAAUUAGAGACUUCAUAAGUCCUCUAAUACAAGACAUUGCAAAUCAAAUGCUGGAAAACGUAAGCAUAGGAGAUCUAUUUCCGCAAUUCCAAAACAUUAAGAAGGAGAAUGCAGACAGAAGAUUGUAAAACUCUUCUU